AUGACAGAGACCGGUCCAGUAACCAAUUUUGAGGUGAAAGGAAGACCAGGUUCAGUGAGACCCAUGGUGGCAAAUACUUUAGGAAAGGUGGUUCAAGAACCCAUUCAAACCAACACAUCUAGGCUAAUUUAUAAAUAGCUUUACUCAUUCAAAUGAAUAUGUCUUAUCUAAAAUAUUAGUAGUUUUACCACUAAAUGUCUGAAGUUCAAAAAAUGGGGCAUGUCUAAAUAUAAACUAGCAAAGUUUGUGACCUAAUUUAUAUAUAUAUAUAUUUUUCCAAUGUUAUACCGAAACAUUUUAUUUUUAAAUUCAACAGAUAGUAGAUGUGGAGACCAAAAAAAUAUUGGGACCAGGAGAAUCUGGCGAAAUUUUUGUCAAAGGACCACAGGUGAUGAAAGGAUACUACAACAAUAAGCAAG